AUGGAUCCUUCCUCCAGGGGGAUGCUGCUGUAAGACCUCGACAAAUGAUCGUUCACUCCUAUUGUCAGGUGAGCUCCUGGCCUCCCCGCUUCGUGUCGCGUAGAUGGUACAGUCCACAUGCAGUUCGGAGUUGUUGCUGAGGAGGUUCCUCUGUUCCGCACAUACCGUUAAACUGGCAUGCAGCCUACGCCUGGAUUCUGUAGCAGCAGGCUACACUGCUUUUCAUAAUGUUACCGUCUUCUUACCGGAGCUACCUCGGGCAGCAGAGCAAGGUCGCGCUAUUACACCUUUUGUGCAGUAUUACAGGUGUGUGGUGCAGUCAGGUGGUGGUGCCUCAGAGGGUGAGCGCUGUGCUGGGGAAGAAUGUGACAUUGGAGUGUAGGGUGGAGGUGGGCGCAAACCUUACUCUUACUCAGAGUUCCUGGGAGCGCCGUCUACCUACAGGCUCUGUCACAGUGGCUGUCUACAACCCAAGGUUUGGCAUCUCCAUCCCUCCGGAGUUUGGCCACCGCUUGUAUUUUCGCUCACCCUCCUCUGAUGAUGCCACCAUCAUUCUGGAGAACGUGGGCUUUGCUGAUGUUGGCAUCUAUACCUGCAAGGUCGCUACGUUUCCCCUGGGAAACAAUCAAGCUUCCACCACUGUCAGUGUGCUUGUGGAGCCAAAGGUCUACGUGUCUGCAGGUUCAACUGCCCUGAUCGAUGGUGGCAACGAAACUGUGGUAGCCAUCUGUAUUGCUGAGCGGGCCCGGCCGCCUGCUGAGGUGUCCUGGGAGUCCAACCUUUUUGGGCAGUCAGAAGUGCAGCUAUUUGACGAAGUCAACGGCACGACCAGCACACAAGUGCGCUACCUCUGGCAGCCCACACGCCACGUCCAAGGCCACACACUCACCUGUGUGGUCCGCCACCCAGCUCUGCAGGGCGACUUCAGGAUCCCUUACCAGCUCAAUGUGCAGUUUGCUCCUGAUAUUUCGGUUGUGGGCUAUGAUGGAGAUUGGUAUGUGGGUCGGGAAAAUGUUCAAAUGACUUGCAAAGCCAACGCAAACCCACCAGCUCAUCACUUCAGAUGGAUCAGAUUGGACAGUGAAAUGCCAAAAGGGGUUGAAAUAAUGAACAGCACUUUGCUCUUCCUGCGUCCCCUCCAGCGAAAUGACUCUGGAGUUUACAGGUGUGAGGUUGCCAAUGACAUCAACCUCCGCAGUCGGGAUGUGCGCAUUCUCAUACAAGAUCCUCCCACCAUGCCUUCCACCAUUACUGCUCCUGUCCUAACUGGCUCUGCCUCCUCCACCUUAGUGGAUGAUAAGGGUCAUGUCCUCCUCAGCUCCCCCACACUUGAAGCCCUACCUGAGAGUAAUCUUGGUUCCAUAGUGGGUGGGGCUGUGGGUGGGGCCUUGUUCCUUCUGCUGCUGCUGUCUCUGGUUGGUGUGUGUUACCUACGGAAACAGCAGACCUUCCACGGGAACUACUACACCAAGCAGUACCUGGGCCCCAGUGACUUCCAAAAAGCCCCCACACAGCAUGAGCUCCACCCUACCAAAGCCGGCAGCAGCUCCUACCAUCAAGACCACGACCGAGAGGAGUGGGGCGACCGCCAGCUCAAAGAAGAGCGUGACCGCCGUCACCAUAGCAACUAUAACGGAGAGGAGUAUCCCUCUAAUGGCUACACUAGGGCAAUGAGGGAGAGCAGUCACCACAGCCAUCAGCCGAAUCACCACCGUGAACACACACAGUAUUCUAGUCCACGGCAGGCCAGAUACCCUCAUUCACCGAAACCACAGGGAAACGGCUCCCCCUAUCUGUCAGAUGACUGCUACGAUAGUGGGCCAGACGGUGACUAUGUCUCUCACACAGACGGCUCAGUCAUCUCACGUAGGGAGUGGUACGUUUGACAAGCUACCUGGUUCUGCAGGAGCAGAAGAACAACAGUAAUCGGAGAGUUUCCUUUAUUAAAUGAGGAAGCAACACAAUUUUUCUGUUCUGUAUGCACAUGCACACUUCUACUAAUCUCAGUUCUGUAAUUCCCUUGUUUUUCAAGCGUCCUGGUUGACACUUGAUGUUUAUUUUCUUCAUGGGGGACAGACUGUGGACUGCACAGCCACUUUGACAGUCAACAUCUACAUGCCUACAGAAGUGGGCAUGUCAAUAGUUUGUGUGUGUAGAGACUAAAAGAUCAUGAUGUAUGUGCUGUCUCUGCCUUACUACACGGACUGCCAAUUUAUUUAGCAUUACUAAUGUCUUUGAGUUGAAUGGAAGCCCUGGGGGCUUGGAGAUCACAUAUGGGUGGAAGAAAGUUUUUUUGUUUGUUUCUACAGAAUCAGCCCUCUUAAGCUAUGUGACACUUGCUUAUUUGUAUUUGUAUGUGUUGAUAUUGAUGACACUGAUCUGUUUAAAAGACCUGAAUAUGAUCAGCUGAUACUCAAGAAUAGUACAGGACCUAGGUUGGAAAUAAAUCCAUGAAAUUCAGUUGGUCACAGGUCCUUUUCUGAAAACCCAGUAGGAUAUAACAGAGCUGUUACAGGCUCAAGGAUUUGUCUCCCUGAGAAAUCAAUAUUUCCUCCGUGAUUAGUGACCUCUCCACAUUCAUGGUCAUACAAAGUAUUGCACUGCCUCUUGCCAAACUUAAUAACGGGCAAACAGAUCAUCAAACCAUUUGUUCUCUACAAUAAAGUCUGCCUUUGAUUGGAGACUUUUGAGCUUGAGGAGUUGACCACUGAUGUCUUAGCAGUGUCCUUUAAAACUGGUGUCCUACUGCAUGUCCUCAGCUCGUCUUAUAUCCUCAGGAGGGAGGGCUGGAGAAAGGGUGAGCAGGGAAGCCUGCAUGCAGGAGGUACAAGCCACUGUAACAACAGACAGGUUUGCCAUACAGUCAUGCUUUGAUAUGCAAAUUUGCCACAACAUUCUGCCAUCCAACGCAAGUUAAAAGAAGUUGGAAAACUAUCGCUUAAACUUUUUUGAACAUUUGUGAGUUAUUGAUUUUUUUUUUUUUUUUUUCAGGUUAGUUGUCCUUUUCAGUUAGCCACACACACACUGUCCUGUUGUCUCUCAGAUGAUGACAAUGGACGUGUAUAAGAAUUUGCACUCUAGCAUCAAACCAAGGCUCUUGGAAAUUCAACAGUGCUAUGAGCAGGGGCAUUGUUUAAAGUAGGCUACAGUAUGGCAGCCACCAUGCACUGGCCUCCUAGUCACAAAGUACUUUGUCACACAAAGAAACCAUUCAAGAGUGCAGCCAGUACACUCCAUGGUCUAAUUUCACUAUUCCGAGUAAUCUGUAGGAACAAGAAACAGUUACAAUCUGAGGCAUUAAUAGGCUUAUUGGGUCUUAUCCAUGUGUGCAACUGCACACUAAUCAUGCUAACCAGUUAUUUUUAACUGAAGCAUUUAUGUUAUUACCUGUACUAUCACAGUAAAAUAUACAUUAUGUAGGCAAAUCAGGUCUUUUGUGAUGGAUAUGCUGUCACCGUCACCUGUGGUUAUCAAAACUUCCACUCAGCCUUUUAUCCACAGCCCAGUGCUGACUCACCAGAAGGGACAGACAAUAUUUUGUUGCACUGAUCAUUAAAUCUUCAACUUUUGAUUAUCUUUAAGUAGCUGCAAAAUUAUACACCCAAAAAAAAUAGUUCUCAGCCUGGAUUUACAAUUAAAUCUGUAUUCAGUUGUAACCAGCUGCAUGUUAUUGCCAGUCAAGAUGCUCAGACCUUGCAGGUGACUGAACUGAGGCGAAAAUGUUUUACACGUCAGUGUCACUGGGCUAUGGAGCACCAUCAGUUCAGAAGUCAAACGUAUAUAACGCUAUUAUGGAUUUAAAGUUAAAUUUCAGUUUUUGUAUUUGAUCAGGUACACAGAUAAAACCUAAAGUAUUUCAACACAUGCGCCUGUUCACCAGACUGCAUGAGGAUAUCAAACAGUUUAUUUCAUGUACACUAGUGUUUGUGAAUACAUGCCAACUUAAGUAGUAUGGUCACCUUUACAAUAUUUGCUGCUAGAUGCCAAAUAUUUGUUUAACUUGUAUGUAUAAAUAUGAUGACAGUGUCUCACAUAAGUAUUACUGACUAGCUAGCAACUGAUUAUUAGCUUAUAUAAAUGACUAACGUAUCACUGUUGUAUACAGGGUCUGUAGCCUGAAAUAGAAAUGAAAAGAUGCUUUAAGGCCACUUUAAUAUUACAGUAAGAGUUGUUCAAAUGGGAAUGAGUUAUAUUGUUAUGAACCUGCACUAAUUAUUUGUCAGGGUAUGAAUUUUGUGGCGUGAAUAGGCAGCGACUCUCAUAGUGAGAUUUAAAAAUGUGCCACUGUAACUUGGAAGCAGAGAAUGUGACCUCUUUACUGCAGUUCAUGUCGUUUCAAGUGUUGUUUCAGAUGUUGUGCAGUACAAGGGGACUAAUUUAUUCCAUCUAAACUUCUCAGUCCAAUAACGACCUUCAGUUUCAGUUCACUCCAGGUACAUAAACAUAAUUCCUCACUUACCACUAGUGCUAUACAGAAAGGUUUGGUUCAAUGUUCCUAGGUUUUCAGAUUUCCUUCUCAGAUUUCUGCUGCAACAUCUCUUGCCUAAAUCACUCUGGAUAAUCUACACAACACAUUGUCAAAAGUUUUCAUAUGGACUAUUUCUUUGGUAGAAAAACCGUUAACAGUGUGGAUCACCCAAAGUAACCAGGACAACAUUUUUGUAAAGAGAUGUUGCUGGUGAAUUUCGAAAUCUAAUUUUCCAAGACUAUGACACUAUAACAAAAUCCCAUCCACCUUUAUCAUACUGUGGUAGUUUGAAACCUCAGAGACUCAAGUCUCAAAACCUGGGUUAAUAAAUGCAAAACUAUCUGCAUUGUUAGAUAGUGCUAUAUGUAAAUGACAAAAUGUGUUUCUAUGUAAUUUAGGUGAAUUGACCCUUUUAAAUGGGAGUGUGCAAGAUUAAGCGUACAGUUGGCAAUUUGUGAACCACAGAACCUCAUUUAGAAAAAAUAUGUUUUGGCGUGGGUGUGCUGCCGACACCUAUUCUAUCUGAAUUUCACAUAAAUGUCAAGAAUAACAGGAAGCACAGCUGUUUAACCUCUUCUCCUGUUUGUCUCUGUGCAUUAAGACAGAAAUUCCACUAAUCAAUAUACUAUUUUUGCUUGACUUGUCAGUUUGCAGCCCUUCACCUAGAUUAUUGAAGUUCUUUUGUACUGUGACAUUUUGUAUAGAGAUCGAUCAGUAUCUUUACCUUGGGUUGAGAAAUACAACUAGUGCCUUAGAUACCUAGAAGAAUAAAUUCAAGUGUUUUCUUAUUAUUGUUUACUUAUGGCUGUGACAACCUGAUUUGUUGCUCUAUGAGAUUUAUUUGUUACCUUUUUGUUCUGAUUUUCACUGCUUACAGUGUGUUAAGAGGACUCUGUAGUGCCAUAUUCACUUCUCUGCCCUUGUCACUAUGACAGUUAAUGACGCAGUAUAUUUGCAAAACCUAGAGUCAUUAAAACACACAAAAAGACGAUGCUUGAAUGAAUUUUGAUGUAAAAUGAAUUAAAUCUCUACUUCGUAGGUAUUUGUCAGGGGUUUAUGUUUUUGUAGAAUCACUGUUGCUCGAAGGACUGAAGAGUUCACUUCAGUUUCACAUUAUCAAUUAAAUAUACCUUGUGGUCAUGUUUGUUUUUGUAUAUACACGAGGAAAUGUAAGUUUCUGGAAGAAAAAAAUAUUUAUGUCAGUGACAACAGUGGAGCAUUAUUUUGUCCACCUUUUUGAGAUACUUUAGUUCAAUAAAGCACCUUAGCACCUGUGAGUAAUUUUUUCUCUGGAGGUUUUUGAGCUUGCCAUUACUCUCAUACUGUUCAGUCUCAGCUUCUUUGUGCCUCUAUAAAUGACAUCAUCUCCA